AUGAUGGUCUCGGAGAGCACGCUGGAGAACCCCACCUGCAUGGGCGGUCUCCUGCUGGUGGUCUUUGUCAGUCUGGCCCUAUGCAGCCACAAACGACAGAGGCCACAGAAGGAGAAAGAUUGCAAAGAUGACCUCUCCUUGUCGCCUUGCGACAGAUCCUGCCCGAUCUGCCUGGAGCAGAUGCCACACACGGAAGCCACGGAGCUGAAGACGAACAGGGUGGACGACCUGAAAGGCGCGAAGGACCUCUGCCGCCUGCCUUGUGGCCACGUCUUCCAUCACACGUGCCUGAGCCGAUGGUUCAAAGUCUCGGCCAGCUGUCCGUACCGGUGUUCCGAAGCCAUCGAGCCCUGCGACUCGGGCAACGUCGGCAACGCCGGCAACGUCGGCAGCGCUUCGCAUGGCUCUCGCGGCCGGGGACGCCAAAGACGCAGGGAGGAGACUGAUGCCUCUGAUGCCUGGUGUUUUGUGACCAGCGCCGAGCGAUGCAGAGCUGCCAGAGCCGCAUAUCGGCGGUGCCUGGGCUUGUGA